AUGUGGCCAGUUGUUAUACUACUAUUCGGAGGAGGUAUUUUGUUCAUGAAGAAAGGAAUGAAUUACAUGAAAAAUCAGAAAAUAAAUUUGAACAAUAAAAAUUAUUUUUUCCCAUCAGGAUUUAACAGAAACUUAAACAACCUUUUUUUAAAAAAUGAUAUGAGAGGGUUUGAAAGAAAUAUGUCCAAGUCUGAAGCUUACAAAAUAUUAAACAUUAACCCAACAUCGAAUAAGGAAAAAAUAAGGGAAGUUCACAAGCAGCUCAUGUUGAAAAAUCAUCCGGAUAAUGGAGGUUCUACCUACAUAGCAGCCAAGGUUAACGAAGCUAAAGAUGUUUUAUUAAAAUAG